CCACAAAUGACUUCUUUAAAAAAAGCGAGUGAGUGAGUUUGUCCCUCACUCAUACCAUCCUGAGGUCUGGCUCUAAGGAUGGACUCUGCUCUGCUGUUGCUUCUCCUCUGGGCUCUGACUGCCACAGCUUCCCCUCAGUCUUCAGGGUCAUGUGUGAGACUUCAGGGAGGAGAGAAGAGAACAAGGACAUGUUCUCGGAACUGCAAAUCGGACGCAGAAUGCGGCAGCAAGCGGCAGUGUUUGUGUGACGGCCAAUGUGGUCUCAGCUGUGUGGCUCCAGGUCGUACUUGUCCCUGGCCUCUUCCCCUGAGUGAAACCUCGGAAAUCCGCCUCCUCUCUCCCACUCCUUCCUUCUCUGCCCUGCUAGAAGUGCGCUGUAAGCCAGGCUUCACAUUGCCCGAUGGCUUGGAUGUCACUGUCCGCAGGUGUCAGGGUGACCGACAGUGGAGCGGAGAUGAGCCCAUCUGUGCAGUGUCUGAGCCACCUGAAAACACUCCAGCUCAAACCUGUCCUUUGCCAGAAGAGGUGAUCAACACCUUCAGCAUCCACGGCGAAGCCACUGUGGGUACUUCAAUCCGCUACAGCUGCCUGUCUGGGGCAGAAAUAGUUGGAAGCAGAGAAAAUUUCUGCCAGGAGAACCAGACCUGGCUGCAUCCUCAUCCGGUCUGUAAAAAACUGUUCUGCCAACCUCCAAAGGAAGUGAAAGAGGGCUACGUGGUUGCAAUCCAGAAGGCCGAAUAUGAGGUUGGCUUUGACAUCCACUAUCUAUGCAAGAAGAACUACCUGCUGGAUGGACCCCAGAAGAUCACCUGUCUGUCAAAUGGCAGCUGGAGCGCAUCUCCACCACACUGCAGAGCUCGUUGUGUCAUCCCUGCUGAGCGAAGCCGUGUUGUGAUUGGUGGAGUGAAGCGUUGGCCAUUCGAUGUCACGGAUGCCAUGGUUCCCCACGGGGAAAACGUGACAUUCUACUGCAAACAUCCCAAGAAGCAGUGCAGCUUCACAGCAGCUCAGACCUGCUUUGAUGGGAAGCUGCAGACACCGCAGUGCUACCUUGAGCCCACAUGGUUGCAGUAUAAACUCUUCCCACAUCGGCUAGUGUCGGAGAUUGAAUCAUGUGCGCCCGGUGACGUAGAGUGACCACCUAACACAUCUGAUCUCAACCCACUGAGACAUGCAUCGGUUUAAUAACACCCCCUGGACAAUCAGUACAGAUUCAUGUGCUUUUAUUUUGCUCUUUCAGAUAUUAUUUGUGCAAAAAUCUCUUAGGUUUGUGAGUUAUUGUGGUUAAGUUUAAACUAUCAUCUUUUAUUUAGGCCUGCUGUUCUAUUUCUCUUGCACUCUAAAGGCAUUGUUAUUACAUCCAAACCUUGCUUAAAUCUUGCUGCACCUUCAGUUGCUCUAUACUCUCGGGACUUUUGUUGUGAUGUAUGCAGAUGUAUUUCUAGGUUGAAAAGAACCUGAGGUGAGUCUCUGCUAACAUUUACCCUCUUCUCAGUGAUUUUACCUGUUACAAGCUGUUUGAAAGAAUCUCUGCAGCAUGGAACAAGCUAUCUAAGAAUGUUUUCUAUUUGACUAUAGAUACCUGAUCUUUGCAUAAACUACAGUCAAAACACAGCAUUAGAUUUUAUUUGUAGCUCCAAAUUGGAGGGUCCAGCUCAGAUAACAAAUUUUGCAUUGCAGGCACCCACUGUACAGGAUGUAGCUGGCUAACAAAUGGACUGAGAACUCUUAAAUAUCACUCUUAAAAAAGUGUGUAAUCCAGUGUUUAAGGGUAAAUGUAAAAUUUAUGGUAGACAUGUGUCUACUGGGUUGGGUAUAGAUUAAUGGAUGAUAGACUGAUGAAGAGAUUAAUAGGUCAGUGAAUGGAUAUAACAUUAAAACGUCGUUUUCUAUACCUGAUAUAUGUUAAAACAAAAUUCUAGACUUUCUGUGGAUAAUCAGCCUCAUAACUGGGAUUGUAAAUGAGAGAUAACUUCUUAACCUUGAUUACUUGUGCCGCCCAGUGCUCCACUGGGAAAUAAACUCUCAUAUCAAAAACUGUCAAAAUUCAUAGUUCAUUAGAAGCUCUAUCAUGCCUGAACAGCAGAGGCGUAGCCAGAACAUUUUAUUAGGGUGGCCAGGCAAUAACCAAUGUACACUGAGGGGUGGCUGAAAGUGGAUAGGCGCCAGAACCUCAGGGUCAAACCAAAGUUAAAACUAACCAUAUUUUCCUACAGCCUUUGCUAACAAAUAGACGCAUAUAAUUAAACAUCCAUGUUUUCUAGAUAAAAGAUAUAGGGGAUACAAUUGUUUCAGGUUUGAGUUC